AUGGCCGUAAAAGCUCUCAUCUCAACCCUAGAGGAUGAAAUUCUCGACCCAGAAGAGGAGACCUUCUUCCUCUUCUCCCACAACAUCCCGUCCUCGAACCUGGGCUUCGUCGACCCGAAAGCCACCGAACUCUCCCUGACGCUGGCGGGCAGAGACUUCACGAUCCACCAGUCCCCCACGGUCCUCUCAUCGACCCGCGCCGGAGGCACGACCGGGGCCGUCCUCUGGAAAAUAACCCCCCUCUUCGCAACCUACCUCUCCUCCCCAACCUCCCCCUUCACCCAGCUCUUCACCCCCACCUCGACAAUCCUCGAACUAGGCUGCGGCAUCUCCCCGCUGACAGCCCUCCUCCUCGCCCCGCGCGUCGCCCGCUACGUCCUCACAGACCAACCCUACGUGUCGCGCAUGAUCCACCAGAACCUCGAAGCGAACCCCCUUCCCAAGUCUUCGUCCUCAUCAUCCUCCUCGUCAACCUCUCGCCGUUCACGAAAAGCAGCAGCAAGCUCAUCAACAGCAACCUCCGCAACGACGUCGUCAUCGCCAGGAACAAUCUCCUUCCGCCCCCUAGACUGGGAACUCGACACCCCAGACCCCUCCCUCACCGGCGUACCCCCUUCCACCGCAAACAGCUUCGACGUCGUCGUCUGCUGCGACUGCAUCUACAACGAGGCCCUCGUCGAGCCACUCGUCUCCACCACCGCCGACCUCGCUCGGUUGCGUGUACGUGCCCAGCAGGAGGACCAAGACCAGGACGACCAGGACGACAACCCCUCCUCCUCCUCUUCAACGACGGCCCGGUCCGAGCCGUGCGUCUGCAUCGUGGCGCAGCAGCUCCGCAGCCCGGACGUCUUUGAGGAAUGGAUCGGCGCGUUCCACCGCGACUUUCGAACCUGGAGAGUACCGGAUGCGUCGCUCCCCGAGGGGUUGAGGAUCGAGGCUGGGUUUGUGGUGCAUGUUGGGAUUUUGAGGGAGGCUACGGUGGAUUUCUAA